AAUUAUCAAAAUUGUGUCAUUUCUAAAGUUUUCGCAAUAUUCAAGUAGAUGAUUAUUUAAAUGACCUAAAGUUCGCGGCAAAACCGUACGACAGUCGCACGCGCGCGAUGCAUCGAUGUUGGACGUUCACAGUACAUGUGUGUGGUAAUCCAUUGUGCAAAGCCAUCAAUGAUCAAAUCAUCAGUGCUCUGGCGCGGCAUGAGUGCUGGUAGGCCUACAUACUGUGUUACCUGUUUAUGUGGAUCGAUCGUUCACUCUUAUCCACUGAAGCAUGCUACGGUGGAUCGCGCCCUUCCCAAAGCAGUUUCAAAUUUUCCUAAGUUUCGCUAUGAAAGAUAUGAUCGGCCGUAAAGUUCUUUCCGGAAAUGUCAUCACAGCGAUGAAAAUGUCUGCACAAAGUGAAGAGAGUGUGGCAAGAAAUUACGAGGAGGCUGUCCACAAAUUGAACGCCCUGCAGAGUAAUGCUUCGGUAUUGGCCAGUGCAAGGAAUAACAGGCUGAAUGAAACUGCCAAAGGCAACAUCAAGAAAGUGGAGGAAUUCCUGCAAAGGGCUGGUUUGGAGGUUGAGCAGCUGGAUGACCUGUCCAUUAUCCAUGUUAGUGGUACUAAGGGGAAGGGGUCAGUUUGCGCUCUCUGCGAGAGCAUGCUGAGAGCUAGCGGCUUCAAGACGGGCUUCUUCAGCUCACCUCACUUGGUGGAGGUUCGGGAACGAAUCCGCAUCAACGGCACACCCUUACCAAGGGAUGUUUUCACCAAGUACUUCACCACCAUCUUUGACCGCUUGGAGGAGACUAAAGCAUCCCACAGUGGUGAGAUGCCGGCUUACUUCCGGUUUCUCACCAUUCUGGCUUUCCAUGUUUUCCUCAAGGAAAAGGUUGAUGUUGCUGUUGUUGAAGUUGGUAUUGGUGGAUCCUAUGACUGCACCAAUGUUAUCAGGAAGCCAGUUGUGGUAGGUGUAACUUCACUAGGAUUGGAUCACACCAGCAUACUAGGGGAAACAAUUGAAAAGAUAGCAUGGCACAAAGCGGCCAUAUCCAAGCCUGGCCGACCAGCUUUCACCGUGCCUCAGCCAGAGGGCGCCAUGAAGGUUGUCAAGGAUACAGCAAUGGAAUGUGGGGCAUCAUCAGUGGAGUGUGCACCAGACAUAGAGAGCUACAGCUUCAAUGGCAUUGCGCUCAGACUUGGCUUGACUGGGAAGCAUCAACACACAAAUGCAUCGCUGGCCUUGCAGCUAUGCAAAACCUGGAUAGAGAACUAUCUGAAGACAACUGGGCAUAAACACAAAUAUGGAUCUGAAGUUCCACGCGGUGAUACAUUCCAACUCGUACUUGAUUCCAACUCAACUAUAUCUGCAGCAGCUGAUGUUGGCAUGGCGACUGCCAAGCCUUUUGUUGUGCCUCCAUAUUUCAUGAAAGGUUUGGAAGAGUGUUACUGGCCAGGUCGUAAUCAGACAGUGAAGCGUGAGAAUAUGACAUUUUACAUUGACGGCGCCCACACUCCAAGGAGCAUCCAAGCUUGUCAGAACUGGUUCAUGACAGCAGCCGAGGAAGAGGGCUGGAUACUAGACCGACCAAUCAAACGCAUCUUAAUCUUUAACUCCACAGGAGAUCGUGAUGAGUACAGUUUACUCAGGCCACUUGUAGGCUGCCAAUUUGACGGUGCUGCCUUUUGCCCAAAUAUCACUGGAAACACAGCCUCGGGAAACUCUGCAGGUGAAGCAAGACAGGACCCUGGGGUUGCUAUGGGAAUGGUUGUCAAGACUUCAGAUCAGACCUCCUGCUCCACCACCAAGGACAAGCAGUUGGCUCGCUGCCAACGCAAUCUUAUCGCCUUUGAAAAUCUGCUGGAUGAAGAGGCCCAAGCGGAUCUCAUGUUGACCAUUCAGGAUGUAGCGCGGUAUCCGUCGGUAGACUGGCACAGCCGUCUGUACAGGAAUCGUGAGACGUCCACCCAUGAAGCCAGUGCCGUUGACACCACCAAAGCAGCUGUUGUGCAGCAACAGACGCAGUUACGCACAGACUCAGCAGACGUCACACAGGCAGUAACAACGGUGCUGCCCAGCAUUGCAGAUGCUCUUAGCUGGGCGUCGACAUGGGCAGACCGAGAACACUGCCGAGUGGGAACCACGAACUAUGCCACAUUGGCAGUCCACAAGCCACACGUCCAGGUGUUGAUUACCGGGAGCCUCCAUUUAGUGGGAGGGGUGAUCUCAGUUUUAGAUCCUGAACUAGUAAACAGACGAGGGAGCUAAUCACUUUUAGAUCAGUGCAGGUAUGUACAUUCAGUCUAGAGACACCUUUCAUAUGGUGAUAAGCUCUCCAGAUAUGGCUGCUGUAGCUGUUUUGAAGCACAGUAUUACUCAUCAGAGUGAUAUUUUUAUUUCUGUUUCGGUGCUACAAUCGUAUUCCAGUCAUUUGCAAACAGUUGUUAAUCAAUGUAUUUUCACUUUGAAUGAGAAAACCUUCUUUGAAGUGCCAAACAUUAAAUCAAACAAAAUGAGAUUUGCCAUUUCAGUGUGAUUAUGUAAUUACUGUGUAACAAUGGCUUAUGGCAAUCUUGUGUUUGAAAGGAAAAAUACUAUUUAAAUGCCCCGUUGUGCUGUGACAGUUGUAUCAGUUGAGAAAUAAUUUCAUCAUUUUCAUAUGGGUAACAUUGGAUUUGUAAAUCAGUCAGUACUUCAUCUCAUUCCGAAUGAACUGCUAGAGUUUCAUGUAUGUAUGUAUGCUAAUUACAGCUCGACGUACACCUCCUUUCCUUUGAACAAAUUUUCUUCAGAUUCAGUGCCCCCCUUUACAGGCAUGCUGAGUUUCAAAAGGAUUGUUGACUUGACAGCUGAGACGGGGGGGGGUGCUGGGUUUAAACAAAAUUGCCAGCCCCUGUCGUAGCCCUUCUAGACAGAAAAAAAACAAAAUUCUUGGGAAGAUUGUUUUGGCUUUUCACAAGCAUGUUUGUUCAGUUCAAGGCCUAACAAAAGCAGUUCUUUUUUCUUGUUUUCCAACCCACUGACCCAACCUGGAAAAUCCCACAGACAGUGUGUCAGAACAUACAUUUCUUAUUUGAAAAAAUAACAAAAAUACAAAAAUGGUGCCAGUCCUAGAACCUAAUUUAUCUGUAUGUCAUGCUGUAUUUUCAUUUAGUGGGUUAUUCAUUUUUUCUUAAAGCUGGCUGGCUUGAAGAAGAACUUGGCCCCCUUCUUGCAUUUGUACCCUCAACCACAACCAAACAAGGACAGUAUUGAAAUAUAGAAUUAAAUCUGACCUCGUGAUUUCAUUUCAAAUGAGUUUACACUUAAAUACAAGUUAACAAUUCUAAAUAAGCCAUUUGCAAGUUAAAUUUGAAUAUAAUCUGGUACACUGAGUGUGAUUGCACAUAAACAUAGCUA